AUGAUGAUUGAUAUGACUCUUAAACAAAUGGAACUUCAACAAACAUCACAACAUCAAGAAAUGUAUAAUCCAUUAUCAAAACAAAUCUUAUCUUUAAUGAAUAAACAAUUAAUAUUACCAUGGACACGUCAUCAUCAUUGUCCUACAUCAUCAAGUACACGUGCCAUUGCAAAUAGUAUACUUCUUAAAACAAAUUUAAUUGAAAAUAAUUCUAAUGUUCUUUUUGUACUUGCUUAUGCUUUUCUUUAUUUAAUAACAUUAAUUAAAGAUGUUGAACUAACUAUUAGUCAAAAAGAUGUGUCUUCAUUAGAAAAAUUAAAUAAUGCAUCAUUUAAAAAAUCAGUUGAAUCAAUAAGUUCACAAUGUAUUAUUGGCUUUAAUAGUGAAAAUGAAAAUUUUAUUCGAAAAUUAAAUCAAAUAGGUUUAUCUAUUACAAGAACACAUUCAACUAGAUCAAUAUCAUCAUCAUUACAUCUUUCUUAA